AUGCGGGUGAAAAAUAUCGGUUUUCUGUUCUACAGCCAGGCAACACCUACCACCACCACCACACAUGCUGCCUGCCACGGUACUUCCACCCCCGCCUCCAUCACCAACCACACCUGCUGCAUCAUCAUCUGCUGCUUCCACACCUGCUGGAUCAUCAUCUGCUGCAUCAACACCUGCUGCAUCGUCAUCUGCUGCUUCCACACCUGCUGCAUCGUCAUCUUCAACACCUGCUGCUGCCACGCUUCGCGUGCCACGUGCAUUGACAAGGACUCACCUUACAUCCAGCCGUUUGCCUGCUGUUACUGA